GGGGGGGCUUUAUAGCCAGGUGUAGGAGCUUGGUCCCUUGUCAAGGCCAUGGAGAGGCAUGGCAGUGACCAGGGACACACAGUCAGACUGGCAAGCUGGGAAGGUGAGUUACGGGUUGACUAGUGUCCCCUAAAAGAUAAUUCGAGUCCUAACCCCCAGCACCUCUGAAUGUGACCUUAUUUGGAAACAGGGUCUUUGCAGAUGUCCUCGAGUUGAGAUGAGGUCUCCAGGGUGAGCCUUCCAGUGACUGAUGUCUCUAUGACAAGAGGAGAGACGCACACAGGGGGAGGCCACACGAUGUCAGAGGCAGGUGGGAGUGGUGCGUCCACAAGCCCAGGCAAGGAGGGCUGGCAGCCACUAGAAGGUGAAAGAGGCGAGGAGUGGACUCUCCCCUGGAGCCUCCCCAGGGAGCACAGCUGUGUCCCAGCAGCUCCGGGCCUGGCCCUCGGCCCGGCACACCCCUGCCCUGAGGAAGUGGAGACACAAAGAGAAGGAGGGCCAGGAGAGGGUCGGGGGUGAGUACUGGGCAGAGAUAGGCUCGGGGUUCUGCCUGGGAGGCAAGAAUGGAUGCUGCGGAGGGGGCGUGUGGUGCACAGGACACGGUGCAGGCCUGCAGGGUUCGGGUUAAAGCCUGGGCUUUUGGAGCAUGCCCUUGGGUGAGGUGGGGAGGCCAGAGGGAGAGAGGCUGCAGGGUUGAGCAGGGUGGCCUGGGGUAGCCCCACCUGGUGGAGGGCAGGAGGGAGGGAGCAGGCCACACAAAGCGGUAGUGUGGGCUCGGGGACCCUGCUGGUACUUCUGGCCCUCUUCAUCCCAGCCUGCCCCCCUCUGACUCCUGGGCCUGCAGGGUGGCCUGCCAGGGGGGUCGCUGGUGUUGCCCUGGGCCGCCUCCUCCCCCAUCCAUGCUGCAUGGAGUGGCCUUUCCACCUAGGCCCUUUGUCUCUCCAGGCAGAGGGAAGUCUGGAGGCCUCCCUGGGGGAGGUGAGCCGUCCCUGUGGGAUCUGGGGCCCUCCCUGGGCACAGAGGCAGUCCGGGUCCCUGACUCCACUUCGAGUGAGAGCAACUGUGUGAGUGGGUGCAGGGGCUGGUACCCCCAGCUAGCCAUCCUGAAGGCCCAUCCCAGUGAGCACCUCAGUGCUCAUCUCAUAAGCCUCUCAUGGAGGGCCCAGGGUGGCCUGCUACCCCCCUUCCCAUUUGUCCCAGUGCCCCCCAGCCCUCAGCAUUGUGGGAGGGUGGCAGAUGGGGACACCUGCACAACCUGGCCACCUGCACAGACCCAGGAUGCGAGCACCUGCAGACUCAGCCACCUGUGUGGACCCAGGCACCUGCUCAGGACCUCAGGGUUCCUGAACUCGCCGGCUGGGAGCGGUGGUGCCCUCGAGGCAGCUGGACAGGCCCAGCGCUGCGCCAUGCCCACGGGCUGAGUGCCGCCGCCGCAGGGCCUCGUCCCGCCUCGCGUGGGGGCCGCGCGCGCCCAGGCCGGGGCCCCGGCGGCCCACCAUGGUGCUGCCGCCCCCGGACCGGCGCCACGUGUGCCUGACCACGCUGGUGAUCAUGGGCAGCAUGGCCGUCAUGGACGCGUACCUGGUGGAGCAGAAUCAGGGCCCGCGCAAGAUCGGCGUGUGCAUCAUCGUGCUGGUGGGAGACGUGUGCUUCCUGCUGGUGCUGCGCUACGUGGCCGUGUGGGUGGGCGCCGAGGUGCGCACGGCCAAGCGCGGCUACGCCAUGAUCCUGUGGUUCCUCUACAUCUUCGUGCUGGAGAUCAAGCUCUACUUCAUCUUCCAGAACUACAAGGCGGCGCGGCGCGGCGCGGCCGACCCGGUGGCGCGCAAGGCGCUGACGCUGCUGCUGUCGGUGUGCGUGCCCGGCCUCUUCCUGCUGCUGGUGGCGCUCGACCGCAUGGAGUACGUACGCACCUUCCGCAAGCGCGAGGACCUGCGCGGCCGCCUCUUCUGGGUGGCGCUGGACCUGCUGGACCUGCUGGACAUGCAGGCCAACCUGUGGGAGCCGCCGCGCACCGGGCUGCCGCUGUGGGCCGAGGGCCUCACCUUCUUCUACUGCUACAUGCUGCUGCUGGUGCUGCCGUGCGUGGCGCUCAGUGAGGUCAGCAUGCAGGGCGAGCACAUCGCGCCGCAGAAGAUGAUGCUGUACCCGGUGCUCAGCCUCGCCACCGUCAACGUGGUGGCCGUGCUGGCGCGCGCCGCCAACAUGGCGCUCUUCCGCGACAGCCGCGUCUCGGCCAUCUUCGUCGGCAAGAACGUGGUGGCGCUCGCCACCAAGGCCUGUACCUUCCUGGAGUACCGCCGCCAGGUGCGCGACUUCCCGCCACCCGCCCUCUCGCUGGAGCUGCAGCCGCCGCACCCCCAGCGCAACUCGGUGCCGCCACCCCCGCCGCUGCACGGCCCGCCGGGCCGCCCCCACGGGCCCUCGCCCACGCGCGAAGCCCUGGACACGUGACAGGGUCCGCGCUGCCCCCGGGGAGGCCCCCCCCCCACCGGGGCGCGGGGACGCGGGGGCCGGAGGGGCGCUCGUUUUGCUUGGGAUGGGGUGGGGGCGGGCUCCCCACGGGGCCAGGUGCGGUGAGCACCUGUGCCGGGGCCCGCGGCCGCUUUUCAUCUCAGGGAUCCCUCAGACCACGGACCCUCAGCUCCCGCUUGGCCAGCCCACCCCAGCGCGUGGGCCACUGUGUGCGGCCUGGGCCGGAGCCGAAGGGGCCCCGUCCCUGCCUUCUGGGGGCCUGGGUGUGAAGGGAGGCCAGAGUGGGCGGAGGUCUGGUCCCUUGGGGUCCCUUGGUGGGGGCCUCUGGCUCAGAGUCUGGGGCCAAGGAGGCCUCUCAUUUUAAAGACUCGUGUUUACAGUUUUGUACCCAAAGUCACACUGCUCUGCCUGUUUGAUGCGUCUAUUCUGACAGCGAGGGAGAAGGAGGCGGGAGGGCGGGUGUGAGUGAGUGAGGCAGGGGGGCUGGGCUAGUCCACCCCGGCCUCCGCCUCUGGGGAGCUCCUGGGUGGGGGACCAUUGCUGCCCUGUCCCAGAGACAUUGCCCCUCCAACGCCACUGUCCCCGCCUCCAGAGAUCCCAUAAUUCUGACUCUGCUCUUCCUAGAGUACCUUAACCCUAUCCCUACCCACGGGUGCUGGUCCCAUGUCCCUGACCCCACACUUCACACCCAGAAGUGCCCCCGAGCCCCUGGUUCUCUCCUCCGGUGCCCAGGGCUCCCACAGCUCAGGACACCCAGAAGCCAGGUGGGAUUAGGCCCUGGCUUUGCUAAGCGGCAGACGCUGCAGUCUAGGCCAGGAGCAUGGAGCCUGGCCCAACACCCGCGGAGCCCUGGUGGGCAGAGUGGACACCUUCGGCCGGCUGGUCUGUGGCAGAGAGCACAUGACACUGAAGUCCAUCUGCGGGUGGUCUCCCGCCUGGGCCCCUGCACUUGUGAUGUGAGCCUGGCCACCCACCCGGCCCAGGACGUGUCUGUAGCAUCGGAGAGGGAGCCUUUGCCCCCGCGUUAUGAGGCUGUUGACGUGGCUGAGGACGCCUUGCACGACGAUUGGGUGGUGCUUACACACAUUCCUCAGGUGGCACGCGUGGCGUUGUGGAGCCCCGGGGCGUGCCAGCUCGUGCUCCCCGCAUUCACGUGCGCUUCCGGAUGGCAAGGCCUGCCCUCCCUGCCGCCCGACCCAUGUGCCCAUAACCAGCAGCUCCCAGAAGGGCGGGAGAUGGCAGCGCCCAGGGGGUCCUCCCUAAGCCCCCUUCCUACCGACCCCACAGCUCUGAGCUGCCCCCAGCCCCACCCACCCUCCUUGUUCUCAGUGGCCCC